UGACCGACAUCCCUUAAUUAACCUUGCCGGCGAAUCUCUCCGUCUUCCGACUUCCUCUCUAGCCACACAAAAGACCCCCUGCUUUUCCAAAUAUAUGAUUUUCUCUGUUGCUGAUCAGUGAAAAAGAGUUUUUUUUUUUGAUUUAUCUGGUUCUCACCUGCGUCUCAAAGCUGCCAAUACCAUGAACAGGGUGCUUGCAAGGAAACAACUCAGGACUAAUGUCUGUGGAACAACAAAGAUCUUCCGGAGGACUUUUUCAACACACCCAGUCUCUACUUCUGGUUCCAAUGAGAAGAGCAAUGCGAAAACGAAUUCCAUUGAAGAUGAUAGUCCACAACAUGACAUUGCUAUUGUUGGUGGUGGAAUGGUUGGAAUUGCUUUAGCUGCUUCGUUGGCUAGCAAGCCAUUGACAAAGCACUUGAAUGUUGCUAUUAUUGACAACAAUCCUCUUUUGGGGAGAAAAAGUACCAUAGAGAAAGGUCACCCACCUGAUCCUAGAGUCAGUACUGUCACACCUGCAACUAUAUCCUUCCUCAAAGGUAUUGGUGCCUGGAAAUACAUCGAAGAGCAGCGACAUGCGUAUUUUGACAAAAUGCAGGUAUGGGACUACACAGGUCUUGGAUAUACAAGAUACAAUGCUAAAGAUGUCGAUCAAGAUAUUUUGGGGUGUGUUGUGGAGAAUAAAGUUCUUCAGAGUUCUCAGCUAUCUUGUGUACAGGAAUCAGAUCUCCAGAAGACUAUCUAUCCAGCGAGGUUAAACUCAAUGAAUAUGUUACCUAGUUCCUCGUUGACUGGUCUUGGUGAAGUACCAUCCACAACAGAUUUGUUCAUGCGAGGACGCCUUGCGAAGCUGGAGCUAAGCGAUGGAAACAACGUCUAUGCAAAGCUGGUGGUAGGUGCUGACGGGUCCAAGUCGCGAGUGAGGGAGUUGGCAGGAAUCAAAACAACAGGAUGGAACUACUCUCAGAACGCUAUAAUCUGUACAGUUGAGCACACUGUCGAAAACUUCACUGCGUGGCAACGGUUUUUACCCAAUGGACCCAUCGCACUUCUUCCAAUUGGUGACAAGUUUAGCAACAUAGUAUGGACCAUGGAUCCAACAGAGGCGUCAGAUCGCAAAUCCAUGAGCGAGGAUGACUUCAUCAAAGCUGUAAACGACGCUCUGGAUUAUGGAUACGGUCCACAUCCAGAGACAACAGGUUCAGGGGGUAGUAGUCUCUCUUGGCUUACAGGAGAUGUAAACAUAUCCGCCAAGGAGAGGUUUGAAACUCCACCAAAGGUUGUGAAGCUUUCAUCAGAAAGAAUGAUGUUUCCUUUGUCUUUAAGGCAUGCAAAGGACUAUGUGUCAAACCGUGUGGCUCUCGUGGGUGACUCAGCUCAUACUGUUCAUCCGUUGGCCGGCCAAGGAGUGAAUCUAGGAUUUGCUGAUGCGAGUGCUCUCUCCAGAGCUAUAGCAGAAGGCAUUGCUCUCGGUACCGAUAUUGGCGAGGCGAAUCUGCUCAAACGAUAUGAAGCGGAGAGAAAACCUGCAAAUAUAGCAAUGAUGGCGGUUUUAGAUGGAAUCCAGAAGAUGUACGCAGUGAAUUUCGGACCGCUGAAUGCAUUGAGAGCGGCUGCAUUUCACGGGGCUCAUUACAUUUCCCCUCUUAAAAAGCGUAUCAUAUCAUAUGCUUCAGGAGAGCAGUCUUUGCCACUCUUUUCUUGAGCAAGCCAGUCUCUUAUCAGAGAGAUUGGUCGCCUCUCUAUCAAGAACUCUGAAUCUUCUCUCUGCUUUUACCUUAUAGAUACUUGAAUGGUUAUUGAAAACAGCUUCUGUAGUGUAACUUGACCUGUAUCUUUGAAUUUUAUACUUCUGAAUAAAAUCUUGCAUUUUGUGAUA